AUGAAUGAUAAAAUCGAAAAUCCGGAAGGAGAUCCCACUUUAGAUAGGUCUGAGGAUUCGCAAAACUCCGAUGUUAUAAUAGUCAAUGACGAAGAUUCAGAUGGUAGAAGUUACGAAAAUAGUUUAGAUAGUUUUGCUGGCGAGGAUGAUGAUGAGGAAUUUAUUGACCUUUCGGAUGAAGACGACUGUGAGAUUAUGUGGAAAAAUCCAGCCUUAUUGGGUUCUCUAAUAUCCGCGGGUUAUCGUAAUCCUCGCCUUCUUCUCACUCGCCUUUUCAAAAUUUCACCUGAAUACCUCCCUCCUGAUCCAUGUGAACAUGAGCUCUGGCGCAUCCUGUCGUCUCUCUUUGCCGAGAAAUCUUCCCGCAAACCUUUAAAACAAUUUCAUUCUCUGGAGGCUGCUAUCAAUCUUCUGAAAGAAAAGUCUAAAAUCUUGGUUUUAACAGGUGCUGGAAUAUCAGUAUCUUGCGGAAUUCCAGAUUUUAGAUCAAGAAAUGGUGUUUAUGCUCGGCUUAAACAGGAUUUUCCCGAUCUGCGUAACCCACAGGAUAUGUUUGACCUAAAAUUCUUUAAGUCGAAUCCCAACCCAUUCUACACGUUUGCUAAGGAACUCUUUCCAGGCCAAUUCAAACCGUCUUACACCCAUCGAUUCAUUCGGUUACUAGAGAAAAAGUCAAAGCUUCUACGCAAUUACACUCAAAAUAUUGAUACGCUGGAGGAGAUUGCGGGCAUCUCGAAGAUAAUUCAUUGUCAUGGUUCUUUUGCGACGGCAUCUUGCCUGACUUGUCAUAGCCAGUUGCCUGGUGAAGAACUUCGUGAGGCGAUAAUGUCUCAACACGUCCCCUUUUGUCCCCAUUGUCGUCCUGACAUUGGACUCAAAGGCAUCCCUGCGGUCCUUGGCAAAACAACUGAGCCUGAGCCUGAAGAAGGGGUUGUUACUCCUCUCGGUCUUAUGAAACCGGACAUUGUCUUUUUUAGUGAAUCCUUGUCUCAAGAAUUCCAUUAUACUCUUGAGAAAGAUGUGAAGGAUGUGGAUCUUGUUUUAGUCAUGGGAUCGUCUCUCAAAGUGCGACCUGUUUCCCAUAUUCCCAAUAGCUUACCCAAUCAUGUGCCUCAGAUCCUCAUCAACCGCGAGCCCCUCUCAAACCACCAGUUUGAUGUGGAGUUGCUUGGUGAAUGUGACGUGAUUGUCGAAUACCUAUGCAAACAACUUGGAUGGGAUGUCGAUAUGGACGAUGCCAGUGUAGAAUCAGUACCAGAAGGAACACCUGUAAAGGAGAACUUGAAGCAAGUGGAUUUGCUUGUCCCAAUGAAAGCAGCUCUGGAAGACUUAGCUAUUCAGCCAGAUCUCAGUAAUGCACCUACCGCUACUUCCAUUUCCGGCGAGUCUGCUGAUCAACCUGUUGAGAAACGUCCUUCAAUAGAUGAACAGGAGAAUGUUUCCACUUGUUUUGGUCCCGAAGCCAAGAAAAUCACGGAUAACGACACCAAAGAUACUAUUACGGAAACUGCAGUGGCCGAAGCGUAUACUACUGGUAAAAUGGAAGGAAUGGAAACCAAAGAAAUUCCGGUUAAAACUCAAUGUGCUAAUGCAGAAACUUCAGGAUCCGAUGCACAUAAUGUAUUAGUAGAAGGCAAAGAAGAACAAGCACGGCAGCGGUCAGAAGGGACGGCACGGUGUCCGAUUGAUGUAGAUGAAGAGGGGAGCGAUUCGUAUCUGGAUGAUUUUAAUGACGAUGGGCAAGAGAAAUUAGACAAUAUAAAAAUUGUCCAACUGGCCAAGUAUUUGCCUGAGAACACGUUCACCUGCAUCCCACGACGUCUCUACAUAUUUAAGGGUUCAGAAUUGGCCAUUUCAUCAGAAAUGAUUGAAGAGUAUGUAAAGGGGCAUUCUGAACACAAUGGUGUCAGUAACGGGAGUAUCCCAGACUCUCCAAUUUCUGAUUCCUCUUCAGAAUCCUCAGAGGAUGUAGAAGACAAUGGUGACUUAGUAGCGUGCAUUCUUCAACGCUGUCAAAAUGAUCCAAUUCUGGAAGCUGAACGUAAAAGGUGUCUUGAAGAGGAAGCGGGUGUUGAGGUAAUCGACUGUGAUGAAUCUCCUCCGCAAAAUGCUUCCAUAGGUGCAGCCGUCGCUGCCACUGAUUCUGAGAAUCCUCAUACCGGGAAUACUUUGAACAGCAAUGGUAAAAAAAGGAUGUCUUCUGAAUCCCCUUGUGAUGGAUCUUCGGAAACUAAACGCCGAAAAACUUGUGAAGACGGAAAGGAAGAGGAAAAAUCAAAUAUCUGUCCUACUGAGAUGGUUGACACAGUGUCAGAUUCAGUUAGUGACGAAAAGACGGUUAAUGCGUCCCAGGCAUAA